GCUGACGACUUUACGAUCUUGUGACGAUCGCUGAGCAGGCGCUCAUGCUUUUAUGGCUUUCUUUGGUUUCGAAACAAGCUCUCUUGAAGACGACAAGGCCAAGUUCCUUAACGGCGGAGGUUUGAAUGGUGGCGGGGGGAAGAUCGAGGAGUACACAUGGGGCACGGAUGGCUACGACGGUCUUGGGGAUGCGUUGCAAGAGGGCGGAGAUGAGCUCAAUGAUGAGACAUUCGGGGCCAUGGAACCAGUCGGGAAGGACUUCGACUUCGCUGGUUCGACUCAGUCCUUGAACGGCAUAUCAUCGCAAGCCUCCCAAUCGCAUCAGGAAAUUCAGAAGCAACCUGAACCACCUCGUGCGGCUGGCGGGAUUGAAUCAUUAUGGGGCGAAAAGUCACCGUUUUCGGUCUUGUCGCGAUCCAACACGGGUCUAAGCUCCAGUCGGUCACUGGGCGAACAGAGCUUGCACUCCUCGUCCUCUCAAUCUGCGAGGUUCGCGCCGUUCGGAAAUCAGCCGCCGUUGGCACCGCAACCUCCUGUUCCGCGAGGUGGCUCGCAGCAGGCCGUCCGCACCCUCGCCGAGAUCGAAGAGGAGAUGCGUCUAAAUGCACGCCAGCCCCAAGCACUAGCAGCUCGACUGACCCCUCAGCUCCGGGAGGCGUCGCCGCAACUCUACGACCACUCUCCGCGACUGGCGCAGCGCGUCGCUCACCAAGUCUCGCAGGUUCAACAAAUCCAGCAACGCGGUACUCCUCCCCCUCGAAUGCACCCGCACGCUCAGUCUCCUCGGUUCCAUCAUCACCUCCAGCAGGAGAUGCUGAUAGAGCAGCAACAGCUCCAGAUUGAAGAAGAGCGGCACCUGUUAGCGCUGCAGGAGCGCCUCCAGGCGGAGGAGCUUCAACGUCAAGCUCGGGCACAGCAGCUGCAGCAGAUGAUGCAACAGGAACAGCUCCGACGGCUUUCACCAGGGUAUACGCGCACGGCCCAGGAUCCUUACGCCGAUGAGCUUCAGGCCGCCCGACGACUCCAACAGAUGCGAAUUUCGGACGAAGCCCAGGGUCUCAGGGCGUCAAGGAGUAACGGUUCGAUAGGCAACGCCGCAAUGCUGGGCGCGCUUGACGACGAGCGCGUUCUGCUCAACGGACCCGCAAAUCUCAGAUCCUUACAACAGUCCAUCCAACGUCAACAGCGAUUAUUGUCAGAGGCUGCCCAGGCGGACUUUAUGCGGCAGCAGGGUUUCGAUCAAGGUGCACAGGACGACAUCAGGCAAGACGCGCUGCGUCGCAUCGUUCAGGCGGAGCAGCUUGAAGAGCGGCGACGCAGAAAGCUCAAUAAGAUCACCCAUAUGUCACGGUACAACGACCUCAUGACGCAAUCCGACAAGGACUUCAUCACACGUAUUCAGGUCUCCCAGCUCGUGACGCAGGAUCCGUGGGCGGAGGAUUUCUACGCCCAGACGUACACAGCCGUCAUGCGGAACAAUAUGGGUCUGCAAGGCGAGGAGCGCAUCCUCAAUUUCGGCUCGGGAAUAGGUGGUGUUGGUCUUGGCUUUUCUCAACGUCCAUCGGGCCGUAAGGCGAGCGCGAUCCAGAAGAUGGAGGCUCAGGUGGAGAAGAUCGUACAGGCUGCGAGGCUUCGCGAGAAGGAGAAGGGUUCAAACGCUCUGCAUAACCUGCAAGGCGCCCUGGGCAAGACGGCCGGACGUAGCUACAAGGCGGCACCUCGCCAGCUUCUGCAGGUUGACGAGGACGCCGCGCAUGAGGAGCGUCAUCGCUCGGUCAAGGAAGCUGCUCGCCUCGGUGCGGAGUCCCUGGGAGUGACGGCAGAGGGUUUCGUUCAAAAAGAUCCUCUUACUCGUCGUGAGGCGUUGGCCAUCCUUGAGGAGCUCUAUGAUAUCAUGCUCCAACUCGAAAAACUCGCGAGGGAGCAACCUCCGCAGGAGGAAGAAGAAGCAUACCUCGAAUGGGAAAAACAAAUCACGGACCUCCGUCAGGAGCUCUGGCUUGGUCUUCGGGUUACGGUACCUUUGGGGACCAGUGUUCCCCAUCCGUUCAUCUCGUUACUUCACCCUGCGAAGGGCAAGAAGCUGUUGACCCGUAUAGCGCGCUUCUUGGACACCCCCCAGCUUCAUAUCGUGCUCACCCUAAUCCACGCGUGCUUUGGCCAGCUCGACGUUGUCGCGAAUGCACCACUGUUAGAUUCCCUAGAAGAUACGGAGGAGCGCAAGGAUGUCGAACGUCAAACGCAAGCGUUCAUGGAAUACGGAAUGCGCAUUGUCAUCCCGCCCUUGAACGCCGCGCCCCUCAAGCUAUUGCAUAUGCUGUUGAGCACUAUGCUUGAGCGCAACGACAUUAUCGCUAUCGCUCGCUCAAAGCCGGGGAUCUCGCUCCUUACUUUGUUCAUGAGUCGCCUGGAAAAUAUCAAGCAAAGCGCCAGCACCUUGGCGGAGGAACAGCCCACCGCCGAGGAGGUCCAAAAAUGGCAACACACGUUCGACGUUUUGUUCCAUCGAUUAAUGCCGGAAGUCCUCUCGUUCUUCCCUUCUUCCCGCAUUCCCAAUGUGCCCGCAGCUACGGCCGACACCCUCGACUAUCCCGUGUGGACCUUCCUCGCCUCUCUCGCCGUGCAUUGCUCCAACGAACAGCAAGCAGCGCUCGUCAGAGCUGUUCGCGAGAAGGUGCUCGAGGCGGUGACCGCCGCGACGAAGGGCCUUAUAGCGGACGAGGAAGCCCGGCAGCUCAAACUUGCGAACGUCAACCUGUUACUUCACGCCUUAGGCUUAGAUAGCUCUCAAAUUACUGCUGUCUGAUUAUUUAUCGUGUUGAUCGAUCUGAAAAUUGUAUCAUUACACCGGUACCUAUACA